AUGGGUAUUCAAAAGCGGUCCAGAGAUUCCUCAAAGAAGGAAAAGAAUCAAGAUCGAAUCUUGAAAGUUUUCGUGAAGAUCCUUCAGAAAAAAGAAGACCAGCUUCAAUCUCUGGUUAUGUCCCGGAAGAUUCUUGAACACAGAAUCAAGACACAACACAAGAAUCACGAGGAACAACUCUCUCUGUUGAAAAACGAAAUUAAAACGUUGGAGAUGAUUCGGAUGGUUGAAAUCGCUAAUUUCAAUCUAUUGCUUGGAAUGAAGAAAAGAGAUGAUUCUAUAUGCAAAUCGAAAUUAGAACAUACUCAGGAUGAAUUGGAUGAUUUCAAAGCUUGGUUUGAAUUGCUGACUCGGAACACAAAUAAGGAAACUUGUAACUCUGGAGAUGCAGAUGAUUGUAAAUCACUAGAAUUCAAAAUUAGGAAACUGAAACUCAACUUUGAAAAUCUUGCUUUUGGUAAGAGAAGUGAUGUAUCCGCUUGGAGUCAAUUCAAAGACAUGGAAAGCGGAUUCACCGAUAAGUUAAGGAGGAAAGACGAAGAGAUCAAGAAGCUUAAAUCGUCUAAUAAUGAGAAAGAUAAGAUUAUUGCAAGAUUGAUGGCUGAAAUGGAAGACAAUGGUAGUAAGAAGAAGGCUGGAUUAUUAAAGCCUUUAAGGAGGUCUCCUAGGCUCAACAACGAUGUUUAA